CAAACUUACUCGUGACAGCUAUUCUUGAGAACAGAACAACGGAACGCCAUGGCGUUCCCAACAACAAUGGCCUCUGGAGCGCUGCCUAGGUUUCUGCUGCCGAAGCUCAGCUGGCAUACGCCCGCAAAAACAUAUCGAUCUCUUUUGAUCCCCGCGAUCCAGCCCACGGCACCGUGGCAAUCACAAACCACUUCAUUUCACACUUCCAGCCAGACGCCACAAUGCAGGAGAGCUGGCUCCCUGCCAUACUCUGCACCAAACUCUUCCAUGUUUCGGAAAACUUUCCACACGACGCCAGCAAGGCAGCGUGACCAUCACUUUGACACCCUCAAGUUUGUCCAACGGCUCAAGGGCGAGGGCUUCACGGAGGAGCAAAGCUGCUGCCAUGAUGAAGGUGCUCAACGAUGUCAUCGAAGAGAGCAUUCAAAAUCUUACCCGCACAAUGGUCCUUCGCGAAGACGCCGCCAAGGCCACUUAUACCCAGAAAGUCGACUUCGCCAAGCUACGCUCCGAGCUCCUCUCCGCCGACAGCACCGAAUCGAGUACCACGCGUGCCGCCCACGAGCGCCUGUCCAACGACAUUACCAAGCUGAGCAGCCGUCUGCGUGACGAGAUCGG